CGAUUCGAGAAUAUGCGUGAAUUCGUAAUGAAUAGCGACUUUCGGGAAGCACUUAGACAUGCUGAUGCGGAACCAGUAGUUGUAUGCGGUGAUUUCAAUGCUCCGUCACAUCUGGAUUGGAUCAAUGAAACAGCGUAA